GUCCCCAUCCGGUUCCGCUUCCGGUCUCUCCGGUUCCGGUUCCGGUUCCCCCAUGGCGGACAGUGAUGACGAGUACGACCGGCGCCGUCGGGACAAGUUCCGCCGGGAACGAAGUGACUAUGACCGGUCACGUGAACGGGAGGAGAGACGGAGGGAGGAGUGGAGCGACCGGGAUUGGGAUCGGGGUCGGGAGCGCCGGAGCCGGGGGGAGUACAGGGACUAUGACCGGACCCGACGGGAGAGGUUCUCCCCCCCCCGGCAUGAGCUGAGCCCCCCCCAGAAGCGCAUGAGAAGGGAUUGGGACGAGCACAGCGCUGACCCCUACCACAGUGGCUAUGAGGGACCCUACAGUGGGGGGGGCGCCGGCCCCACAUAUGGCCCCCCCCAACCCUGGGGGCACCCCGAGAUGCACGUGAUGCAGCCCCACAUCCUGCCCAUCCAGGCCAGGCUGGGCUCCAUCGCGGAGGUGGAGCUGGGCCUGACCCCCCCCGUGCUCAAGAGCUUCAAGGAGUUCCUGUUGGCCAUGGACGAUGCUGUGGACGAGACUGAGGCCGUGAAACGUUACAAUGACUACAAGGUGGAGUUCAGGAGGCAGCAGCUGCAGGAGUUCUUCCUGGCGCACAAGGAGGAGGAGUGGUUCCGCUCCAAGUACCACCCGGACGAGGUCGGGAGGCGGCGGCAGGAGGCUCAGGCUGCGCUCAGGAACAGGCUCAAUGUGUUCCUGUACCUGGCGGAUAACGGCUGGUUCGAGAACCUGCUGCUGGACAUCGACCGGGCACCGGAGAUCGUCAAGAUGCUGGAUGCAGCCGUGAUCAAGAUGGAGGGGGGCACGGAGCACGACCUGCGCAUCCUGGAGCAGGAGGAGGAGGAGGAGAGAGGGGACAAGGCCGAAGGUCAACGCAAGGAGGAGCCCAGACCCACAGAGCCCAAGGGGGCAGAGGAGGACAAGAAGGGUGAAGGGGAAGCUGUGGGGCAGGAGCCUGGAUCAGUGGGGCAGGAGCAGCAGCAGCAGCCCCAGGAGCAGGACAAGGGCCAGGAUGAGGAGGGGGGAGCCGAGGGCAAGAAGCGCCCCCCCAAUGACAGUGAUGAAGAUGAGGAUGAGGACUCAGACAGUGACCGGGAGCGAGGCAGGCGCCAGGCUGAGAGCCAGGGUGGGCACUAUGGGGGCCUAUGGGGGGGACCUAUAGGGGGGGGGCCCUAUAGGGGACCUAUGGGGUGGGCACUAUGGGGGGCCCCUAUAGGGACGACAAGCCCAAGGACAACCCCCCCCACGAAGACGAGGGGGUCCCGGCCCCCCCAAAGCCCAAGGACCCAAUGGGGGGGUCGGGGGGGGGCAGUACCAUCCUCCUCCUCAAUGGGGGGGUCCAUGGGGGGGGGUGACCCCAAACCCCGUCCCCUACACAAGACCUGCUCCCUAUUCAUGAGGAACAUCGCCCCCAAUAUAUCCCAGGCUGAGAUAGUAGCACUGUGUAAGAGGUACCCUGGGUUCAUGAGGGUGGCACUGUCCGAGCCGCAGCCGGAGAGGAGGUUCUUCCGCCGGGGCUGGGUGACCUUUGACCGCAGUGUGAACAUCAAGGAGAUCUGCUGGAGCCUGCAGAACAUCCGGCUCCGUGACUGUGAGCUGAGCCCGGGUGUGAACCGGGACCUGACCCGGCGCGUGCGCAACGUGAGCGGCAUCACCCAGCACAGACCCAUCGUGCGCCAUGACAUCCAGCUGGCCGCGCGCCUCGUGCACGCGCUCGACGCCAGGGCACAGCUGUGGGGCACCAGUGACACCAGUAACACCAGUACUGGGACCAGUACAACCGGUACUGGGAGUGGGACUGGUACAACUGGUGCCAAUGGCAGCGGUGAGGGCAACGCGGAUGGAGCUGCUGCUGCGGCGGUGCCAUCCCAGAACCCAGUUCUUCGCCAUAUAACCGACUACCUGAUCGAGGAGGUGAACGCGGAGGAGGAGGAGCUGCUGGGGGGGGGGGCAGGGGCCGAGGAGCCCCCCCGAGAACCCAACCCCACUGAGGUCACUGUGGAGCGUGAUGAGAAGCUGCUCAAGGUCCUGGACCGCCUGUUGCUGUACCUGCGCAUUGUACACUCGGUGGAUUACUACAACACGUCUGAGUACGUCAAUGAGGACGAGAUGCCCAAUCGCUGUGGGAUCCUGCAUGUGAGGGGGCCCCUGCCCCCCAACCGGGUGUCACAUGGAGAGGUGCUGGAGUGGCAGAAGUCCUUCUCAUCCCGCCUGGCUCCGCUGCUCCAGGGCCGGGAGGCUCUAGGGGAGGAGGAAUCUUUGCGCUUGGGCCGCAAGGACCCAGAGCAGGAGCUGGAGAAGUUUGUGAGUGCAAAUACCCAAGAGCUGGGCAAGGACAAGUGGCUGUGUCCUCUCAGCGGCAAGAAGUUCAAGGGCCCCGAGUUCGUCCGCAAGCACAUCUACAACAAGCAUGGGGAUAAGAUGGGAGCCGUCAGGAAGGAGGUUUUGUUCUUCAACAACUUCCUUAUGGACCCCAAGAGACCUGCACUGCCCGAGGGGAAGGUGGGACCCCCCCCAGGGCCAGCACAGGGUCUGGCCCCAGGUCUGCCCUACCCCCCCCAGACCCCACAAGGGAUGAUGCCCUAUGGCCAACCCCGGCCCCCCAUGCUGGGCUAUGGAGGUGGCCCCCCAUACCCCCCAGGGCCCUAUGGGGCAGGCCGAGGCAACUACGACACGUUCCGUGGUCAAGGGGGUUACCUCAACAAGCCCCGUAACAGGAUGGUUCGGGGCGACCCACGGUCCAUUGUUGAGUAUCGGGACCUGGAUGCCCCCGAGGAUGUCGACUUCUUCUGAUCCUGCCCCAUUGCGACCCACAUGGAGCCCUUUUGAUACAGCCCCAGCCCCACAUCACCCCACAUUUGUACGUGUGAGCCCCACACCCCACUGUGGACCCCAAUAAAUGGCACUGCCCCUGCCCCACU